AUGGAGAGCGCCUUCGCCCGCCCUGUCGACGAUGUCCUCGCCAACUUUGACGUCAAUCAGACCAGUGGUUUGAGCGACGCGCAAGUUGAUGAACUUCGCAAGAAACAUGGGCGCAACUCUAUUCCAGAUGAACCCCCGACUCCUCUGUGGGAGCUUAUCCUCGAACAAUUCAAAGAUCAGCUUGUUAUUAUUCUAUUGGGUUCCGCCGCCGUCUCCUUCGUCUUGGCCCUCUUUGACCAAGAAGAGGGUUGGAGCGCCUUCGUUGAUCCUGUAGUUAUUCUCACUAUCCUCAUUCUCAAUGGCGUCGUCGGAGUCUCCCAAGAGAGCAGCGCGGAAAAGGCCAUCGCUGCCUUGCAAGAAUACUCGGCCAACGAGGCCAAUGUGGUGCGAAAUGGUGGUCAUGUUUCCCGAGUCAAGGCCGACGAGCUGGUGCCUGGCGACAUUGUCACCGUGUCCAUUGGCGAUCGUAUUCCCGCCGACUGCCGAGUUGUCGCCAUCGAGAGCAAUAGUUUCGCUGUUGAUCAGGCUGUCCUCACCGGAGAGAGCGAGAGUGUCGGAAAGCGCGCCAGUACCGUUGUCGGAGACGAAAAGGCUGUUUUGCAGGAUCAGACAAAUAUGCUGUUCUCUGGAACUACUGUUGUUACUGGUCGCGCAAGAGCUGUCGUUGUUCUGACUGGUCCCAACACCGCUAUCGGAGAUAUUCACGAGAGCAUCACUGCUCAGAUCUCGGAGCCGACUCCCUUGAAGCAGAAGCUCAACGACUUUGGCGACAACCUGGCCAAGGUCAUUACCGUCAUUUGCAUUCUGGUCUGGCUUAUCAACAUCCCCAACUUCAACGACCCCAGCCACGGAAGCUGGACCAAGGGCGCCAUCUACUACUUGAAGAUCGCUGUUUCUCUUGGUGUUGCUGCUAUUCCUGAGGGUCUUGCUGUCGUCAUCACCACUUGCCUCGCUCUUGGAACUAGAAAGAUGGCCGCUAAGAACGCAGUGGUUCGAAGUCUUCCUUCUGUCGAGACCCUGGGAAGCUGCAGCGUCAUCUGCUCCGACAAGACUGGUACUCUGACCACUAACCAGAUGAGCGUCAGCAAGGUUGUGUACCUCAAUGAGGACGGCAGCGAUCUUACCGAGUUGGAUGUUGAGGGUACUACCUUUGCCCCUCGAGGAGCAAUCAAGUCGAAUGGUGAGGUUGUCCAUGACCUCCACAACUCUUCUGCCACUCUUCGUCAAAUGACCGAGGUUGCCGCUAUUUGCAACGAUGCCCAGCUUGCCUAUGAUUCCCGGACUGCCACUUUUACGAGUGUCGGUGAACCCACUGAGGGUGCUCUGAGAGUUUUGGUUGAGAAGAUUGGACCUUGCGCUCCGGCUGAUACUCGCCCCGAGGACUGCGUCCACUACGCCAGCUCGGUAUACGAAAAGACACUGCCCCGGCUUGCUACAUACGAAUUCUCCCGUGAUCGAAAGAGCAUGUCAGUCUUGGUUCGCAACGGCAACGAGAAGAAACUGCUGGUCAAGGGCGCUCCUGAAUCUGUCAUCGAACGCUGCACACAGACUCUUCUUGGUCCUGGUGGCAACAAGGUGCCUCUUAGCAAGAAGGUUUAUGAGCGUUUGAUGAGCGAGGUUGUGCGAUAUGGUAACCAUGGCCUCCGAGUUAUUGCCUUGGCCAGCAUCGACAAUGUCCCCGAGACUCCUCUUCUUCAGUCCGCUACAACCACCGAACAGUACGCCCAGCUUGAGCAGAACAUGACCUUCCUUGGACUUGUCGGUAUGCUUGAUCCUCCUCGAGAGGAGGUUCCUCGCGCUAUCCAGCGAUGCAAGGAUGCCGGUAUUCGUGUCAUUGUCAUCACUGGAGACAACCGCAACACUGCCGAGAGUAUCUGCCGACAGAUUGGCGUCUUCACCCAACACGAGGACCUCACUGGAAAGAGCUACACUGGCCGCGAGUUUGAUCAGCUUUCUCCCAAUGAGCAGCUUGAGGCAGCUAAGCGGGCAUCUCUAUUCUCUCGUGUGGAGCCUGGUCACAAGUCGCGUCUCGUUGACCUGCUCCAGUCUCUGGGUGAGGUUGUUGCUAUGACUGGUGAUGGUGUCAAUGACGCCCCUGCCCUCAAGAAGGCUGAUAUUGGUGUUGCCAUGGGCUCCGGAACUGAUGUCUCUAAGCUGGCCGCCGACAUGGUCCUCGCUGACAGCAACUUUGCCACCAUCGAGGUUGCCAUUGAGGAAGGCCGCUCCAUCUACAACAACACCCAGCAGUUCAUCCGCUACCUGAUCUCUUCCAACAUUGGCGAGGUGGUUUCCAUCUUCCUGACGGCUGCUCUCGGCAUGCCCGAGGCUCUUGUUCCCGUCCAGCUUCUGUGGGUUAACCUGGUCACCGAUGGUCUUCCCGCCACGGCCCUGUCCUUCAACCCUCCCGACAACGACAUCAUGAAGCGCCGACCUCGCAAGCGAGACGAAGCCCUGAUUGGCGGAUGGCUCUUCUUCCGGUAUCUCAUCAUCGGCACCUAUGUCGGUCUUGCCACUGUUGCGGGCUACGCUUGGUGGUUCAUGUAUAACCCCGAGGGUCCUCAGAUUACCUUCCGUCAGCUGUCUCGUUUCCACCACUGCUCGGCCGACUUCCCCGAGAUUGGGUGCCAGAUGUUCUCUGACGACAUGGCCAAGGCCGCGUCGACCGUUUCCCUGUCGAUCCUGGUCGUCAUUGAGAUGUUCAACGCCAUGAACGCCCUGUCAUCGAGCGAGUCUCUUCUUACUCUUCCCCUGUGGAAGAACAUGAUGCUUGUGUAUGCCAUUGCCUUGUCCAUGGCCCUGCACUUUGCUCUCCUCUACGUCCCCUUCCUCCAGUCGCUGUUCUCCAUCCUUCCCCUGAACGUGAUGGAGUGGAAGGCGGUCACUAUCAUCAGUGCCCCCGUUAUACUCCUUGAUGAAGUGCUCAAGGCCGUUGAGCGACAGUUCUUUGUGCAGACGACAACCGACACGUCUCUCAAGGAAAAGAAGGAGCAAUAG